UACAUAUCCAUCACAGAAACCCCCAGCUGAAGACUCUGUUGGCUGUUGGUGGCUGGAACUUUGGCACUGCACAGUUUACCAUCAUGGCUUCAACUCCUGCCAGUCGCCAAACAUUCAUCCAGUCUUGCAUCAGAUUCUUGAGGCUGCAUGGCUUUGAUGGACUUGACCUGGACUGGGAGUAUCCUGGAGCACGGGGAAGCCCACCAGAGGACAAGAAGAGAUACACAGUGCUCUUACAGGAAUUGCUUGCUGCCUUUGAAAAAGAAGCUACUGAGACCAAACAACCACGGCUCUUGCUCACAGCUGCAGUGGCCGGUGGGAAGGGGAACAUUGACAACGGCUAUGAGAUUGCCGAUGUGUCAAAGUUUCUAGACUUUAUAAACGUCAUGACCUAUGACUACCACGGAGCCUGGGACCCAUUCACUGGUCACAACAGCCCUCUGUACCGCAGCUCUGUAGAUCAGGGUGAUAACAUAUAUUACAAUGUGGACUUUGCUAUGAGAUAUUGGAGGGACCAGGGAGCUCCUGCGGAAAAGCUCUUAGUCGGUUUCCCCACAUAUGGACGCACAUUCACCACAUCAACAGCUGCUAAUGGUCUUGGAGCUACAGCCACAGGACCAGCGAGCGCUGGGCCUUACACCCGUGAAGCUGGGUUUUGGUCUUACUACGAGAUUUGCACCUUUAUCCAAACAGGCAGCAUAAAGUGGAUUGAUGAGCAAAAGGUGCCCUAUGCCAUUAAGGGCAAUGAGUGGGUUGGCUUUGAUAACAGGCAGAGCUAUGAAAUCAAGGGUCCCAGCUUCUCCUGGGAAAAGUCACCACUGCCAUAAUCCUCGCAGCCCGGACCCUCCACACAUCACACAUCAGACUGCGGAGACAGGGCACGAAGGUGGUAAGGAGGAACUAAGGGGGGCGAGGCUGGGCAAUGUAACUUCGAUUGCUCUGUUGAGGGCGGGGCCCGAUGGCGAACCUUUGGCUGCUCUGGUGGGGGGUUUAUGGGGGACAAAAAGGGAUUGGGCCAGGGGGUAGAUCUGAGCCCAGCAUUGACCCGCUCCAUCAUCUCCUCAGUGAAUUUCAGGUGUGGGGAGGAGGGAGAAAGGGAGGGGGAGGAGGGUGAUGGCCUGUCAGGGGUUUGGGGGACUGGGGAAGGUCGGUAGUAGUAGUACAAACAUCAGGUACAUCUGAUGAUUAUUAAUCUGUGUAGUUAUAAACCAUGCACAUAUAGUUUUUAAUAACUUGUUUUGGGCAGAAGAUGGCACUCUUAUCACCUCACAACUAUUUUUUUUAUUUUUUGUAUAAAAUGUGAUUUAUUCUAGAUACUUUCAUUUUAUACAUGUUUCAAAAAAUGUUGUUACCUGCAUCGCAGAUAUGAUAAAAUUCCAGUUACAUGUUGGGUUUUCCAGCAUAUGUUUAAACUUUAUCAUUCACUGUUUCGGUCCACAACUGGUCAUGUUUAAAAGAGUCUUUUAAGCUUUUUGAAAGAAUUAAUGAAUUCCCUGCUCUGUGUUUCAUAUUUAUAUUUGGAUACAUUUGGUUACUUUUGUACUUUUAUCAGUGUGUCCAUGGACAUGCAUACAUCCAGCCAUGUCCAAAUAAUCUUGUUUACAGUGAUGCAUGCAAAUGCUGUACCUAAGUGAGACUGAAUAAAAGUUGUCUUGACCUAG